AUGUCGACCAAGAAGCGCACGAUAGAUGCCUUCUUCGGCAAACCAAAGUCCGACUUCGCAGACAAGGCCGUCGAUGCGAAGAAGCUACGCGCGAUAUCAUCCCAGCCUUCAGACGUCACCAACAGCGAGCAGAGUAGCGAGGUCAUAAACGAGAACCUUGAGGACGAGCCCUCUUGUGCACCAGCCUAUAGCAACCACCCCACCUACCCGUUCCCAAUCCCCGGACUCCCGGCCGCCCUGGCCACGGAGUUGCCCUCUCUACCAGCCAGCAUUGGGCACACCAUCGCCGACCAGCCGGAUCUGGACCUGCUGUACUUUGAGCCGUACCUGCCACGGGGCAGCGCGCGGCAGCUGUUUGAAUUCCUGCGCGGGUCGCUGCCCUUCUAUCGGGUCGAGUACGACAUCCGUCGCGGCGGCGUCUCGACGCACAUCCGCACGCCGCGGUGGACGACCGUGUUCGGCCUGGACGAGACGUCGCGCUUCGUAGCCUCGUCGUCGUCGUCUUCGUCCUCCGCCGCCGACACCACGCAAGACGGCGCCACGGAGAUAGUCGACGCCAAGACGGGCAAGAAGGUCGUCGGCGACAGGUACUACGACAAGUACCCACCGCGACCGAUUCCGGGGUGCCUGGAUGUACUACGCCGGAGCGCCGAGGCAGCAACGGGCUGCCAGUUCAACUUCUGCCUGGUCAACUACUACGCCAGCGGCAGCGACAGCAUCUCGUUCCACAGUGAUGACGAGCGGUUCCUGGGCCCGCUGCCGGCCAUCGCGAGUUUCUCGCUGGGGGCGCGGCGGGACUUUUUGAUGAAGCACAAGCCGCUACCUCCGCCACCUCCUUCGCUCGGAGAGCAAGGGCAGGCGAAGGUGUUGCAGCAGGAGGGAAAAGAGGCCAAGCCGCUCAAGCUGCCGCUGGGUAGUGGUGACAUGAUCCUCAUGCGCGGGACGACGCAGGCGAACUGGCUGCAUUCGAUUCCCAAGCGCACGGGGAAGAACGCCGAGGACGGCGGGAGGAUCAACAUCACGUUCCGCCGGGCCAUGGUCAAGGGUGGCACCGAGAAUUACUACAACUACAACGUGGGCGUAGGGCCGGUGUAUAAGUGGGACUCAGCAAGUAGAGAGAUGAAGCUGUGGGAGCCGAAGAAGUCAUGA